AUGCCUAUUUCCAAUGAAUCUGCAGCCAUUCCCAAAUGGAACGCCCGUGAGCCCACCAAAAAGAACUUGGACUAUGUAGAGCUUAUCGAUCUCGACCUCAGCAAGUUCGAACAUAUAGAGACCAGGAAGGAGCUAGCCAAGGACUAG